AUGAAGGCCUACUGGUACGAUAACAAGUCGGGCGACCAGCGCGAGCCCCACGACUCCGGCCGUGUUGUCUCCGAGGACAUCCUCGCCAAGCUCGGUGUUCUGUACAAGCACUGCCCUACCAUUGAGGACGUGGACGUCAUUGCGGCCGAGCGCGGCUACAAGAACCGUGACCAGGUCUGCGUCUCGCCGCAGACUAUGGGUGAUAUCUACGAGGAGAAGGUGAAGUCUUUCUUCUCGGAGCACCUUCACGAGGAUGAGGAGAUCCGUUAUAUUCUUGAUGGCGAGGGUUACUUUGAUGUCCGUGGCCAGGAAGAUGAGUGGAUCCGUAUCGACCUGGUCAAGGAUGAUAUGAUUAUUCUUCCCGCUGGUAUCUACCAUCGGUUCACUACCAAUGAGCAGAACUAUGUCAAGGCUAUGCGCCUCUUCCAGGAGGAGCCUAAGUGGACACCGCUUAACCGUGGUGCUGAGGUUGAUGUCAACCCUUACCGCCAGUCUUACGAGGGUACUUACCUGAAUACUGCGGCUUAG